AUGUCCCCCAGCUGCGACCGGGCGUGGAUGUUCGAGCGCGUGGUCGGCUUCGAGUUGGACGGCUUCGACGACAUGGUGAUCAACAAGGUGCCGACGAAGACGAGGUGCCAGGAGCUGUGCGUCAAGGAGAAGGGGAUCCAGUGUCGGUCGGCCGAGUACGACUACGAGAUGCAGCAGUGUCGGCUGAGUCGGGAGGAUCGGCGGACCCAGCCCCAGUCCUUCAAACCGUCGGUCAAGCAGGUCGACUACCUCGAAAACCAAUGCGCCGGACAUCCCUCGAGCUACAAGUGCGACUACGAGGCGAACGAGUCGACCGACCUGGGCCGCGGCGACCUCCAGGUGAGCAGCCCCAGCGAGGCCCAAUGCCGGAAGCUCUGCGACGACACCAGCGUCUUCAACUGCCGCUCCUUCACCUACUUCCCCGCGACCUCCAUGUGUCGACUCUCGGGGGACGACAUCGUCUCCGCGGGGCAGCAGAGCCUCACCGCGACCCCGGGGGCCGUCUUCUACCAGAAGGCCCCCUGCCUCGACCGUCAGUCCCGAUCUCUUUCGCUCCCCGUGUCUAAAUAG